UUGUCGCCUCCUGUACAAGCAUGUGGCCGGAUUCUGGUGGGGGGUUGAGGAUGGUCGUUCCAAGAUUCGGUGGGUCUCCUGGAGAAAUUUGUGUAGAAGUAAGCAUGAGGGGGAUGGGUUUUCGCCGGUUCGAACAGUUUAAUCAAGCGUUGUUGGCUAAGAUAGGAUGGCAUAUUCUGAACGAACCCCAAUCCCUCUUAGUCCAGGUCUAUAAAGGGAAGUAUUUCCCGCAGGGAUCCUUUCUCUCGGCUACUGCGCGAUCCCGCCCAUCCUGGGGAUGGCAGAGUUUUCUCUUUGUUCGGCAGUUAUUGACCAAUGGUUUGCGGUGGCAGAUUGGGAAUGGACAGAAGGCUCCUUUGCUCGACUCAAACUGGAUCCCGACUCAACUUCUUUCUUCUCUUGUGUAUAAUCCUCGGGUUUUGCCGGAUGAUGGGGAAAUGACGGUCUCGGUUGUCCUCUGUCUCGGGGAAGGGUGUUGGUGCGAAGAUAAGCUGAGUCAGUGGUUUGACCCUCUGACUUGCCAGGCGAUUAAGGCGUUGCCCCUGCCACGGCAGAAUAUCGAGGAUUGAUUAAGCUGGCAUGCCACGGAGGAUGGAAUUUUUACUGUCAAAUCGGCUUAUCAUUUGGCGGUUUGUCUGGACCAACAGAGUGGGAGAUGGUGGGCGCAAGUUAGUUGGAUGGACAAGCGGAGUUGGAUCCGGGUUUGGGAUGCCAAUAUUCCUCCGAAACUGAAGGUGUUUGUCUGGCAAAUCUUGACCAAAAUUUUACCAACAAGUGAGGCUCUUAUAGAAAAGGACGUGGAGAUCCCGAAAUUACGUGGUCUUUGAAGGAAAACAAUUUAGUAUUCCGGCAUUAUUGAGGCAGUAUAACAAACAAGUAGGGGAGUGACUCGGCCUGCCUAGGGACCCUCACUCUCCCUCUUCUCAUCUGCCUGAUCGUCCUACUGUGGUAGUGAGUGGGUCAGGGGGACCGGUGUGUCGUUGGGAUGGGGUUGUUCGAUGAGGGUCGCACUCUGCAGGUGGUAUGGUACUUCUCAAUGAUGUAGGGACGCCGCUCUGGGCUGCGGGGGUUCAGUUUCCCAACCUAGAGGAUCCAAUGGUGGUGGAGCUACUUACGCUUAGGGAAGCUGUCCGUUGGUGUUUAGCGCAUGGGUUUCUGGUCAUGCGGUUUGAAGGGGAUGCCAAGGUGGUCAUUGAUAAGAUCUGUAGGGCAGAUGUGCGAGACAGUCGGGUAGGGGAUGUUUUGGAGGAAAUGAUUCAGGUUUUCAGGGAAAAUCCGGGCUUUACUGUGCGAUUUGUAGGACGGGGUGACAAUAGGGUAGCUCAUAUGGUAGCUAGACAGGCCCUUUCUUUGUUCCCGACUACGUAUCGUUAUUUUGAUUUCCAGACCUGGCUAGCUUCCAGGAUGUAACCAUCGAUUUGUUACUAUCAAUAUAUGAUUAUCUUUUGUAAAAAAAAAAAAAUUCUUGAUCAAAGUUACGUUACUACAACAUUUCAUCAAAGCAACUAGAUCCAUUUUCUAUAUAUAGAUUAGAGACAACUAAUUAACCACCUUGUGCUAACACCCAACCCAAGCAUAUCCAGAACGAGGAGAGUAUCUGCAACCAAUACUACAUCGGGAAUCCUCCUCCUGUUUUGCGCCGUCGCUAUUAGUAUAGCCUUGCUACCUUCAUAUGUAGCAUCGGGGGAGGAGGAUGAUCACCGCAGCGAUACCGCCAACCAAAGUGUUAAAAUGCUAUGUGCCUUACUUCAUUCCCUCAAAAAAACAAUCAAAGGUUUGUUAACUUAAAUCUACCCGAUAUAACGAAGUUCUCAGUUAUGACAACAGAGAUUAAUCACCAAGACCUAAUAAACUAAAGACAUGAGU